GUCCUAUAGGCCAGGGCUACCACGAGGGUCCUAUAGGUGGGGCCAAUCUCAAGGUGGGGCUCUGGAGGGGGGCCGAGCUCUUCGCACAGUACCUCGCCUUCUCGCACGGCGUGCCCGCCUGCCCUGACUGCAGGCUCUCUUGCCCCGUGGCGAAUCUCAUGUGUCCGAGCUUUCCUGUGGCCAACCUGACUUGCCCCGCCCCGGUGGUGCAGCUCUCGUGUCCCCCGCUGCCCGUGCUCAACGUCUCGUGCCCCGCCGUGUACCCCUUGCAGGCCGAGGGCGACGUCCUCGGCUUCGACGCGGCGUCGCUGGCCGUCGGGGGCGUCACGGGGGUGUUGGGGGCAGCCGCCUCCAGUCCGAGCAGGUGCCGUCGGCGGCGGCGCACGGGCGCCGAGGCGGAGGGGGACCUGGGCGAGCUCGCGAGGGCUCAAGUGGCGCAGAUGGUGGUGACUGGCGUCUCUGCCGCGGAGCCGUCCCUGCUCGCGACGUUCACGAAUGACGGCGACCACUACGCCGAGGACGUCAGCCAGCAGAACGAUGACAUCGCGGAGGUGAAGUGGCUCGCGCGGCCUGGCGACGCACCGCCAGGCGUCGACCCUCGCAGGAUCUACAGGUUUCAGAACCCGCCCGACGCCGCCGCGCUGGAGCAGCUCAAACGCGACGGAGCCCUCAUGGUGGGGGGCCACGCUGGCUCGGCGUGGGUCGCCGUGGAGGACCACCGCGGCUACGCGCGGGGGCAGGAGUUCCCCGACCCCCUCCCCGACGGCUCCGCGAUCCCCGGGGACUGCGCUGUGGUGGAGCUCCCAGUGGGCAAGAUCGCGGCCCGCCUCGUCGCCCGCCGCGACCUCGAGAGCUACGUGGUCGACGAUAUGAGGGCCAUGCCCGCGAAGUUCAACGGCGAGGGAGUGCGCGGGCGGCCCGUCGCCGAGGCCGUGGACAACCAGGUGCAGGAGACAGAUGGCCCUGAGAUGGAGAUUGCGUCGCCGCCCUGGCCCAAGAAGGUUUCAGGUGGGGGCGUGAACCCGAGGAGGCCACGAGCCUCCCAUUUAGCUGGUUGUCCAGUCGGCACCAUGGCGGGGAAGUCGGCGGCGGCCAAGGGCGCCCCCAAAGUGCUGAAGGUCCUGAAGGAUCACUUGAUGGCCAACCCCGAGGAGGCGGCGGGCCUCUUGGCGGCUGUGCAAUCGGGGGAGUCCAGCGCGAAGAAGCAGGGGGAGUCUGGAGACACCUUGACUUCGCUCAUGACGUUGGCCAGGAUGAGCCCCGAUGAGUUGAUCAGGAUGCUGAACCGGUGGCCGCCGAACAUGACGGAGCACAUGUGGAAGAAGGCGCGCGCCGCGAAGUACGCUGACCACGAGAAAGACGACAAGGUCAUCCAGAAGGCUUUCGGCGUGAUGACGGGCGAGGAUAUGCAGGCCAAAACGCCGACUCGCAGCAGGGCGGUGAACGUGGACAUCUACACCGCAAGGAGGGCGACGUUCGCCACUCAGCCGAUGCUCGCGCUGAAUCCCGACUUCACAAUCAACUGCGACAAGCGCGGCCCGUGCACGCUGGCGGGCCCCGUGCAGCGCGAGGGCGAGGACGCGCGCCAGUUCACCAAGCUGCUCUUUCGCCACCUCAACGCGAUGGCGGGCCCCCCGAGCAAAAUCACGCGCGUCGAGGGCGACGCGUACAUCGCCGACAACUUUGACCACGAGCGCGCCGACGUCACCAACAAGACGAACGACUUCAAGAAGAACUGCCUCGACCUCAUCGGCGAGGCGGCGAUCGGGCCCUGCAGCAUCCAGAAGACGAUCCUCAAGCAGGCGGGCAUCGUGCGCAAGGUUGAGGACGUCGACCAGAAGCUCGCGGAGAUGGCUGCGACCCAGGCCGCGGAGAAGGGUGCCAGUGGUGCCGCCUCGUCAGCGUCGGGACUGAAGCCGAAGAGGGCCAUCAAGCGCACGGCCAGCGAGGUCUCCGUGCCAGACGAGCUCAAGUCGUGCUGGCACCCCCUCUUCUGCGCGUGCGCCGCUGCGGCUUGCAUGGGCGCGGACGAGCCUGCCCCGCCCCUUGCGGCGGAGCAGGGCGGGCUCCAGGAGGCGAAGCGCCACAGCUUCAUCCGCCCGGCGCCGAACCGUGGCAAGCGCCGCGACGACGGGGCGCCAGUUAAGCUCUUGCACGGCGUGACGGCUAGCCAGCCCGUGGGCAUCUGGGUGCUCGACCCCGACCACUCCUUGUCCAGGGCUUGCACGUCUCCUGGACUGGUCGACCGUGCUUUCGAUGUGUCGGAUGAGUCGGUCGGUGGCAACGCGAGGAUUGUGCGCGAUGCUUGUGUGCGGCUCCACGCCAUACUUGUUCGAGAUCACUUGCAGCCUAUUGUUGAGUAUCGCCCCGCCCCGGUGCCCUACCUUUCGUUCUCGCGAUGCGUCGAUCCCUUGCGUGAGGCAGUCGCGGCGGGGGCGACGCUCAUCCUCCGCCACAGGGCACAGGAGUGGCGCGUGCCCAGGGGCGCGCUGGGGCUGGUCUACGUCUAUGAGUUUUCCGACUUCGGCGCCACGAGCGAGUUCGACGAGGACGAUGACAAUGCUGCCGCCCCCGAGGAGCUGUUCAAAUUCGGCGGCAAGGUGCAGGUGGACACGAAGCCGAAGGACGACGGGGCUGCGUCUUCCUCCAAGGCCUCCAUGAAGCAAGAGCUCGCUAAAAGCGUCACGGACGCCAGGGCCGACACGCGCAACACCAUCCAUUGUGCCCUCAAGCUGCUCAUGAACCCGAACAUCGCCCGCCCAGCCAGAAUAUCCUACGAAAUCUCGAAGCCCGUGCAGGUGCUGCGCUCUCUGCAGAGCUUGGAGCAACUGAACGACAUGGGCUUCGAAGUCGACCUGACCACCUUGGGCCACAAGCCGAGCGACGAGAAGGUGCACUUUGAGCUGCUCGACGAAAAGACGAACCUCACUGCUGCCGUGAGCGUGGCGUUCGGUCUCGUGGGCAGGAGGGCCCUCGCGUGCCAGGCUGAUUGGCGCGGCUUUCCAGGCAGGGCAGCGCAGUUGCUCUCUUCGAAGCCUGCCGAGGUUCAGGAAUGCUUGGAGUAUCCAGCUGCCUGCGGCACGUCCCGCCACAUCAUGCUCGGGGGCACGGUGGCGGAUUCCAAAGGCGUCUGCGAGGACUGGCAGAUCAUUGCGGCUAGGCCAGAACCAGGGAUCAAACAUCUUGCAGCCAGGAGCUUCUGUAACACAGCGAUGUUCCACGACUUCGCUGACAACCUGAGCUUCUUCGGGUACGAGAGCGCCGGCGGCAAUUGCAUGGCCAACUUACGCACUGGCAACAGCGUCCGCGCCACCCUGGUCAUGGAGAACUUGAUUAAGACCGUUUGCACGAUCGAGAAGCGUUCUCAGGAGAACAAGGGGCUCGGCGAGAAGCUCCCCUCUCAAUGGUUCAGCGGUUCGAAGCGGAAGACGUCGGUUGACAUGAAGAACGUGAAGGGCACCGCUGCUACGCCUUCAUGGGUCUCGUUCAACGCCGAAAGCCAGAUGCAGCAGUUUGCCGACAUCGAGUUUCUGAGGGACCGCGUGAGGACGAACAAUUUGGAUGCUGUCUCUCUGAAGUGGUGCAGCCAAGCUGUUCCCCACGGAACGCUGUUCAGGCUCAAGGGUGCCGCCAACCACAAGUGGAUAUUCUCCAUCAGUGGCAAGGGCGUGUCGUCGGUGCUUUACCUCGACAUCAGCCACAAGGAGUUGAUUUGGCAGACCGUCAGCGACUUGAGCCCCACGAAGUUCGAGACCUACAAGAUCGAGUGGUUAGGGCCGCUGGCGAUGAAGUCCAAGGGCAUCGGCGUUGACGGAGUGGGCCUCAACGUCGUCGCGGCUGCGCAGGUGCCCAAGAAACCUAUAUCACUUACGCAGCUGGCGGCCAAGAGCUGCUUCUACAACCUUGGCGUCGCGUGGGACUACGGCGUCCAGGUCGCGGGCGCGGGCAGCUUGUUCGACCUGCUGAAAGCCAGCAUCAUGCACGAGUGGCCGCUCAUUAGGGAUGAGGAGCUCCUGGAGAUAUUGCCGCGGCGGGUUACAGUCGCAGCCUUCCCCGACGACAAGGGGGAGCUCGUGGAGUGGGACGGCGAAGCUCUGCUGGGGGUCGCGGAGCCCGACGACCUGAAGGAUUUGUCGGAGCUGGCCAAGAAGGAGGCCGAACAAUCGUAUGUUAUCCAACCACUGCUUGACGAGAUUGCAAAGUUCGAGAACGAGGUGCGCAAGGCACUGAACAAGGGCGUCGCGUCCCCCGCGGCAGCGGCCAAGGCGAAGGGCCCCGCUGGCAGGAAGGCCCAGCGCAAGCCGAUGGCCCCCAUCGUGGACGAGAUGCUCUCCAAGGAUGAUGCCAUGCAGUGGGUUCCUCCAGGGCACCGCCUUCUCAAGGAUCCAGACAACGGGCGGCGGCGCGUGGCCUCGAAGCUUUUCGACAUCAGCCGCGGCUUCAUCAAGUGCGGCGAGGUAGGCUGUUUUGCGAUCUGUGCUUAUAGGGCGUGGUGCUACGAGUCGCCCGAGGGCAAGUGCCCCCACGAGUGGGCCGCGAAGCUGGCCCGCGAUUUGGAGCCUACGGGCGACCGCUCGGUUCACGCGCAUGAGAUGAUCUGCCGCGUGCUGGAGUCGAUGCUGACCGUGGACCAGCUCAACAUAGGCGCGCCCCAGUCGGCGGAGCUCCUGGCGCGGCGCCUGCAGCUCAUCGGGGGCGCCCACCGAGGUUCGCCUUCGAACCCCGACUACUCCGCGGCCGACCUCUACAUGGGGCCCCAGACGAGGAAGGGCGGGGCCUCGGUGGCGCCAGCUGUCCAGAAGCACGCCGCCGAGAGCCUCAAGGACGAGGUCGCCAUCCAGAAGGAGAAGCGCAAUGCUAAGGGGGAGGCCAAGCUGAGGAAGUCAGGCAAGCAUCCCCCAGGUGGCUGCGCCCACGAGGCAAGGGGCUUCGGAGUGUGUCCGCCGCAGGCUUGCUCGCCGGAGUUCAAUGAGGCUGUGAUUGACCCGAUCGGGAGGGAGUAUCUGCUGCACUUCGAGGAGCACAUGCUGCGCUCUGCUGAUGACUGGGGCAGGGCCGUCGAGACCGAGCCCCCCAUCACCCCUUGCAUGGGCGAGUACCUGCGGAAGCACGAGGAUGCCUGCGUCGCGUUCGUGAGCGAUCUCGUGUCCGCAGAGAUGGUCUCCUUCACUUUCAAUCCUAAGGACUUGGUGACGCCGUUCUCUGUCUCGAAGAAGAACGGCCAGCAGCGUUUGGUGUGGGGCGCGCGCAUCCCCAACAGACGUUUCAAGCACGCACCCCCCAAGGGCAUGGGCACGUCCGCCGCCUACGGGAGGAUCAGUCUCGGGUGCGGCGUCGACGAGGCUGGCACGUUCGAGGACACGUUGUACUGCGCCCAGGCCGACAUUUGCAAUUAUUUCUACGCACUUGGGCUGAGGGAGGAGCUCGGCUCGUUCUUUUCCCUCCCGCCGGUGCCCGAGGCGAUGCUGUGCCGUGUGCCGACAGCGGCGUCGGCGCGGAAGUCAGCUCGUGGGCACAGCUUCGCGAAGGGCUCCAAGAAGGACUCCAACGGGGACCCUUGCAAGGCCAGCUUCGGGGAGGGCCCCGCGGAGGACGUGAACGGGGACCCGUGCGAGGCCGGCUUCGGGGACGGCCCCAUCGGGGCCCGCGACGACGUCAAGAUGGAUGUCUUCGGGGACAUCAGCACAGCCAUGAGUACCAAGGACCAAUUCUGCUCAGAGGACCCCUGGGAGCUCAAUCCGGACUUCGACGAGGUCCCGCACGGCGUGCUCAGCGAGGAGGCCUGGACCGAAGUGUUCGCGGCCCUGUUCCACGCGUCGGAAAGCAUCACGGUCUUGGAGGGGAGGGCCAGCAGCGCGGCUUUUAGGCACAUCCUCAGGUCCACGAGGACCUUCAACAAGCGACACCGGAAGCUCGGGGCUCGGAUCGCGUUUCGCAAGGAGCAGCUGCGCGGGCGGCCCUUCGGGGGCAGCGCGAGGGAGGAGAGGUCGGCCGGGCGAUCAGCGGCCUCAGGGAGCUUCCAGCCGGCAGCUCCCGGCACUCAGUCGUUCCUGCAGGCCAACGCCGUCGCCCCCGACACGCAGAAAACUUACGCGGAGUGCAUGGCGGAGCGCAAGCAGUUUGUCGCCGCGAACGGGCUCUUCCCUGGCCACGCCUGCGGCGGCCGGCCUGGCGCUCUGGGCCUGCUGGAACAAGAUUUGGUGCCGCCCACGACGUCGUCGCCCUUCUUCGCCGCGAACCUGCGCCCCAGCGAGCGCGGCGAGGUGAGCGAGGUCAAGCUCUCCGACGAGUCGCCCCCGCUGGACUCCGUGGAGGCGCUGUGGCUGGGCGGCGCGAUGCAGAGCCGCAAGGCGGGGCUGCCCGCGCGGCCGCUCUUUGACCUCACAGUGCUGCAGCUGCGGGACAUCUGGGCCGCCGCGCCCCUCGGCAUCCCCAACAGGUUCGCGCUGUGCCAGCGCCGUCGCGGGGGCCCCUCCGACGACCGAUUCCGGCGGCUGCGUUCGCUGCCCGAGAUCAAAGAGCGAGGGAGGUGGGCCUCCGACAAGAGUGUCAGACGCUACGAGGCCCGCGCCCUGGUCCAGCAGCAGGGGGCCGCGCUGCCCCCCGCUCCGCUCAAGCGGGCGCGCGAGGCGCCAGACAAAUUCGAGGGGCUUGUGCUGGCGAGCGAGCAAGGCCUUCCGCGCCGCUUCGGGCCGCCGCCCGGGCUCAGCUCAGGCAUCCCGCCCUUCGCCGAGCUCAUGCGCGGCUCCGCCCACCUCGCGGCCGCCGUCGGCGAGCGCGGGCUUGCUUCCGAGGGCUGGGACUACAUCGACGGGGCGCAGGGUUUCAGGCAGCGCAUCCGCCAGCGUCGCCUGUGCGGCCUGCAUUUCGGCUUGGACUGUAAGACAUGGUCGAGGGCCAGAAAGAAUGACGGGUUUGGGCCGCCGCCGCUGCGAAGUGACCAGCGCCUUUUUGGCCUGCCCGCCCUCCUGUCCCGCCGAUCAGAGAAAGGGGCUUCAGCUUUGGAGGCAGCGGAGCUGCUAGUGCCUCGAGCCGCCUGCUUUGCAG